GCUGCUCGGUUCAGUGUACAAUUUGAUCCGUCCUUCCAUCCUUCGCAACCAUUGACGCAACUGUUCCGUACCGACGACCACCGUUAUCUAGUAUUCGGCAAUGUUUUAGCCCCUUCCGUGAGGUGUUUUAUUCAAUGGGUUUCGUGAAUACGCGUACGCCAUUCCGUCCAUAGCCUAUCGUCGCCGUUGGCCGCGCAACUGACCACCGAUCGCCGCGAUGAUCGCGAUCCUCGCUGAAGAAAAGAUGAAAGUUACGACGUGGAGAUGGUGUGUUGGUUAGAUCAAAUUUAGAGAAAUCAAUCGUCCGUCCGGCUGGCAAAGGAAGCCCUCGGGGUGCAAAGCGUAAAGUGCGUUUUUUUCUGUUACAGUGACCAGCACAUUUUAGGUAAAAUGUCCGCGAUCGGCUGCUGCAUUUCCCAAUGUAGCGGGCAGUUGACACACAAAACCGACCGUGGAAUGCAUUCCGUCUAGUCGCGGUCGUCAUCGUCGUCGUCGUCGUCGUCGUCGUCGUUGUUCGUAGAAAAGUGUGUGUGCUCCCCCCAAAUGGCCAGCGUGUCACUGUAAAGCGUUGGUCAAACGUCGGGAAUUGGAAAAUUAUUCCCCUACCUAUCCGCGCUCCCCCACGCUUGGCGGUGGUCGCCGUGCUCAAAUGCCGUCGAUGUUGAAAGUGCAGCAAAAAUGCGGUGUAAAUGCAAUGCCAGUAGUGCAAUCGCUGUCGUGUCAAAAGUGGGCAAAUCAACUACUAGCAGCGUAACGAAGAAGGUCGUCCCGUGUUCCCGUGAGAGAGAGGAAGCAAAGGGUGCGCGGCGGUAGCGGUCAUCGGUGAUCCCUCGCCGUCGGUUGCAUUUCGGUGAUAUGACAACGUAUGCACCUGCACACCUGUGCAGCGGAUGAGAGGAGAAGCGAUCGAAUGUCAAGCGCAAGCAUUAGUUCCAUCACAAGCGGAAGGUGAAAAUGCUCGCCGGGGCGAAAAAGCUGAACGUAAUUCCUAUGCGUGCCUCAUCGGUGUGCGGCGUUGUCGAAGAAAACCCGGGCAACGGGAAUCAAAUUCCUCUCGAACGCCAGCCGUAGGCGUUUUCGGUGGUGAAAAAUUAAACGAAAUAAAGUGAGAAAUAAGCGUAUCAGGCCACUGACCGGAGGGAGACAGAGGAAGAACCCUUAAAACAACAUAACAACAACAACGCGAAAAGUGGGGAAGUGGGAAAACUACACUUCCUUCAAACCUUCAUCCAGCCAACGGCUGUGAAAAUCCAACACCCUCAAAAUGCCGUUCGGACUGAAGCUGAAAAAGUCCCGGCACUACAAUGUGAUGUCCAAGAGUCUGUUCGUCAUAUCGGUCGAUCAUCUGGACUCCUCGACGAAGAUCGAUUGCACGCUCAGCUCGGAGAGCACCGGCCAGGAGUGUCUGGACAAUGUAUGCCAGCGGAUCUCGAUCCAGCAGCCGGAGUUCUUCGGCCUGCGGUACGUCGUCAAGGGCACGAACGAUGAGAUGCGCUGGGUCGAUCUGGAGCGGCCACUUAGCCGGCAGCUGGAGAAGUACUCCGCCAACUCGAAGGUGCUCCACCUGCGGGUCAUGUACUACGUGCUGUCGGGCGUGAGUUUGAUCCAGGAUGAGGGCACGCGCAACUACUACUUUCUGCAGCUCAAGCACGACGUGGUGGAGGGCCGGAUAAGCUGCGAUCCGCGGCAGGCCGUCAUCCUGGCCAACUACAGCCGGCAGGCGGAGUACGGCAAUCAUCAGGAUCGGCAUACGGUCGAGUACCUGAAGACGCUGCUCGCCUUUCCGCACGAGAUGGUGCGGGCGAAUCUGCUCGAGGCGCUGACCGAGCAGGUCAUCCAGCAGGCCCACGAACUGCACAACGUCACGCAGGGCGAUGCGGAGAGCUUGUACAUCUCGGCCUGCCAGCAGCUGGACGGGUACGGGCAGGAGACGUUUACGGCCAAAAACGAGACGGGGCUGGAGGUAAUGCUAGGAAUCUCAGUGUCGGGCAUCAUCGUGGCGAGCGACACGAACAAGUUUUACCCUUGGCGCGACAUCACGAACGUCGUGAACCACAAGCGAGCGUUCAACAUCGAGUGCACGGUGGCGCAGGAGAGUGCCGGGUUUACGGUGGCGGACGUCGCAACCGGGCGGUACAUCUGGAAGCUGUGCGCCCUGCAGCAUCGGUUCUUCGUCACCUACGAGCAGAACCAGAUUCAGGCGAGCGAGAUGAACCUCAAUCUGUUCCAAAAUAUGGCCGACAAUCUGAACGACAGUCGGGACGAUCUGCUCAACGAACAGCAGUACGUGCAUGGCCAGCAGCAACAGCAGCAGCAGCAACAACACCAGCCAAGUCCAUCACCCGGAGGAUCACAACAUCCGUACCAGGGAAGCACAAACCAGCUGGCACCGUCGACUACGAGCUGGCCAAGUACGCACGAACUAGCGGCGCACUCGGCGAACAUGUGGAACAACGCGAUGGUGGACACGCAACCAGGCGGUGGGGGUCACCUUUCCUCCAGCAAUGCGACGAUUGCAACCGGUGCCGGAGGUGGAAGCAGCAACAAUCUCAACGCGAACAGUAUCAUGCAGUCGUCCCGGUCGUCCCUGCAGCAGGCAUCCUCCGGGCUGGACAUCAACCUGAACUCAUCCACCAACAACAACAACGCGGUGCCAUUGGAGUACGCCAGCUCCGGGCUCGGUUCCAGCUGGGGUUUGCAUCCGGCCGGUUCGAACGCGUCGCUUAUAAAUCGUGCUCAAAGUUCGUCCUGCUUGGACCUGAGCAAUAACAACCUGACUCCGGAUCGGGAUCGGCUGAAGGCGCUUCUGCCGACGUACCGGCCAGCGCCGGACUAUGAAACGGCCAUACAGCAGAAGUACCGCUCGAGCAGCAACGACGUGCGGCUCGUGAACGGGAGUUUGCUGCACCUCUCCGCGUCUCAAAUGCUGGCCAACGCGCAGGAGCAGCACCAGCAGACGGCACCUCAUCAUCUCGAGUACAGUAUUACCGGCAGCCAGCCGGACGUUUCAUACUAUGGACAACAUUUGCAGCAAUCGCAACAGCAGCAACAACCACAACAACAAGUUCACCAGCAACCGUACCCGGAUGUGACGCACCACACGACGACGCACAUCAUCGGUCCGCACUACUCCGAUGCGUCCGAGUACGGUAUGACACAUCGGUUUAAAAUGAUGCGCCUACCGAAACCUCCCCCUCCGUAUCCGGCGAACCGGCUCAGCUCGACUUCGACACCGGAUUUGGCGUCCCAUCGGGCGCUGCUUGGGUUGCGCAGUGCACAGGUGUCCGGCUCUAGCCCGGACCUGGUUUCGUCCCGCCCCCUGCUAGCCCAUCACCCCCAUCUGCACCAUCUGCAGCAUCAUGCGCACCAGCAGCAACACCACGCGCAACACCCGAUCGCGCACCACCUCUCCCAGAGUGGCCAAUUGUUCGCGUACAACCCACAGCACCAUCCCCAGCAGCAACAGCUCCAUCACUCGCAAACGAUGCUGCCACACGGGACGUACGAGAAUCUAAACUUCAUCGAACCGACGAAACCGACGGGUAUGCAACCGGCCGGAAGUGUUUACUACUACGUGCCGGGAGGUGUCGAACAUCUGCUUAUUAGCAGCGGUGCGAAUGCAAACACCAACUCUGGCAGUGACAGUCCUUCGUCCUAUCACCACAACACGGCCAACGGGCACGCACUCGGACUGGCGACGAAGCAUCUGCAUCGAUCGUCGCAACACAUUAACGGAUCGAUCGAACCGAUCUACGAAAAUGUGCCCCUACCGUGGAAGAGUGAAGGUGAUGCGACGAUGCUCGGGGAGAUACGGAAUCGGACUGCCAGUGUGCAAUCGGCACCCGGUGUGCAGCAGCCAGCGAUGCGGCCAAUACCUGCGACCCCAUCCCCUCCACAGCCACAAACGCCAACGAACACCAACGCACCGGCGAUGUCGUUUAGCGCGUUAAACCAACAGGAAGUUACUGGUCCCCCGACGGCAAUGGUAAGGGAGCACAAGAAGUUGCAACAACAGGCGCGAGUGGUCGAUAUGGCACCACCACCCGGGCCUUCACCGUCCGCUCGAACGUCGACCGAUUCGGCACCGGGUCAGAGCGACGGCGGUGCAGGUAAACUGUCGGCAAAGCUAACCGUGGGUGGGGUGGAAAAUUCACUCAAUAGUAGCACCUCCACGGUGUCGUCGGUGGCCAAGGAUCCCUCACCUCCGACGCCCAUCAAUCGGUCACUUUCGUCUAACAACGUGCUCGAAGCGUCACAGUAUUCCAACCUCACGCUGAACGAAACCGGCCAAAGUGCCGGUGGCACCGUGGGGGGAGGUAGUGUUCGAAACGGGCACAAUGACUCCGGCAUUAGCUCGAUCACCGGAUCGACCAACCUGGGCGGUAGCGUUGGAGGCAGCACAGCCAGUCGUCAUCAACCAAACGUUGCUGCUUCUGCAAUGACCGCUCCUUACGCUUCGUCUUCGUCGCCAGCCAACUCAACCACCGUAUCGGCGACGUCGACCUCGUCGGUGAAGGAAACGAAACGGCGCCGUAUCUGGGAAAUCCUGGGUGGACGGUCGAAGCAGUCGUCGGACAAGCAGAAGAGUGCCACCCUUGGUCGAGAGAAGGAUCGCAAAAAGAAGGGCAACGACGUUGGUGGUGCCCUGGGUGGUACGGGUGGUAGUGGGGGUAGCGGUGGUAGUGCAAAUUCUUCGCUCAACGAGGGUGCAAACGGCGGGCAGCUGAGGCACCGAUGGUCGACGGGACUUCCACGGCUUCAGCCACUGCCGGCGAACAUAAGCAAGGAGAAAUUGUGCUCGCUGUUAGAAUCGAAGCUGGCCGAUCCGCAACUGUACUGUGAGUUCGAGCGGAUCCCGAAACGUAGCGACAGUGCGACGUACAGCUGUGCCCUGGCGGAGGACAACAAGAACAAGAACUUCGAUCCUACGUUCCUGCCGUACGAUAAUAAUCGGGUGCGACUUACGCCGACGCGAGAUAACCGGAUGGGAUACGUCAAUGCGUCGCACAUAACGAGUACGGUUGGCAAUAAGCAACGGUUCUACAUCGUGGCCGAAAGUCCCAACGACACGCUGACGACGCACAUUUUCUGGCAGUGCGUUUGGGAAGCGGACGUCUACCUGCUGGUGCAACUAUCCAAAGAGCUCAACUAUAUUCCCCAGACCAGUGAACGGUGCCUGGAGUACGGACAGUAUCAAGUGUGGCGCGAAUUCUCUCAAGAAACCGACCGAUGUACGACGAGCAAGCUGCGGGUCUACCACACACAAAGUCGCCGCUACCGGUCCGUGUGGCAUCUGUCCUACACCGAGUGGGCCGAUCAGAACUGUCCCGGCGAAGUUGGACAUUUUUUGGGUUUCCUAGAGGAGCUGAACUCCGUUCGUUUGGCAUCGAUCGCGGAAGUACCACCGUCCCACAAUACCAAUCCCCCGGUGUUAAUACACUGCAACGAAGGUGGAGGCCGUACGGGAGUCACCCUCGUCGCGGACUUGCUGCUAUACACGCUCGAUCAUAAUCAGGACAUCGACAUCCCCCGGUUGAUUGGACAAAUUCGGCAGCAGCGUGACAACAUCAUACCAUCGCUCGCGCAGUACAAGUUCAUCCACGCCCUGUUAAUACACUAUUUGAAGCAAAACAGACUGAUCUAAAUCACGGACGAAUGCUAUUAUUAUGGUGGAUACGUGGAAGGUGCUACGGAAUUUUGAAAGGCUAGUUAACAUAUCUUCGAGGGAUCGGAAACCUUCGGGAUCAUCCUCCGUUUUAGCAACAAAUCAAACUAAUCACGUUACGGCAUAAAGCAAUCUUUUAAAAUUUUCCAUUAGAAAAUGAUAAAUUAUACAAACGGAAAAAACGGAAAAAGCGAUGCAAGGAACAAAUACAUUAUAUCUGAGCUAGGUAGGAUAGAACAAAUGUGCCUUAAGUUAUAGGGUCUCGACGACGACAAAAGCUGAUAGGUGCAUGCCGGUGGCUGGUUGGAGCCCACAUUCGCGCGACAAACCAAUUCUUUACGAAAGUGAAACUAAUUAACUGACCAGAGAUGAUAGUGUUUAUUAGCUAGCGAUCAAUAGUAAGAUAGAUUUAGGCUAACUAUUUUGUAUGUGUUUGUAUUACUUGAUGUUUCGUUUUAAAUUCGCCAAAACGUGACGCGGCUGCUAUUUAAGGCCUUAGGGUAAUGCCGUAGUUAUGGUUAAGCAAGUGCAACGGAGAAAUUUGCCUACGUUUUGUCGCCUGUACCGGUAUUAUUUGAGUAUUUUUGGUUGUUUUGUUAAACGGUAACUAACCCCACCACUUUGCUACGAUUUAAGCCAAAAUAGAAUGAUAAGGACAUAUGCUUGCGAGAAAAAACUGUGACGUUAACAGUGAUGCCGCUAUCAAUGAGUAUCAGUAUGAGUAAAUUUUGUUCGGAAAAAAGGUUUUAGGUAAAAGCGAUUGUAAACUAAUGAGACUUCUACGAGUGUAGCAUAAAGAAACAAAAACCGUACUAUAUAUUGUAGAUUACAAAAGUGUGCGAAUGGUGAGUUUGAUGACGGAAAAGUAUUUUAUCUGUGCAUGAUAGCAUAGGGGCCCGUUUUUAGCGUUUUACUGUUUAUUUAUGUACGUCCGCAUUGUGACCCCCCCCCCCCCCCCUCCCUCCCUUCACCACCCGCGUGGUUGUAUUUUAAAAUGAAAACAACAAAUCCAUAGGAACUUGUAACGAAUAAACG